UUGCGAAUGUGAAUUUGCAAUGUGUUUGAUAAAAACGUUGAAGUUAUGUUAUGAUUUGCGAUAAGUAUAUCGAGAAAUAAACAUGAUCUGAAGGAAAUACAUUAUCUGUGAUUUUAAAAGCGGCUGAACUGAGGAGAAUAUUAAUUUUAUUUCACUAAUUAUUAACAAAGUGGCGGAUCUGAGAAGAAUUCUUCUUUUACUUUACGGAGUAAUCAAGCGGAGGAUCUAGCAAUUGUGAUGACACAAAUUGUCCCUGUAUUCCUUGUGAUCUAUAGCUGUCUGGCGGUCACCACUGCUGUGUCAAUCUACGAAAAAUGUACGAAUCACCAACAGUGUCCACUCAACGCUAGAUGUCGCCCUUCAGGUUGCGACGGUUACACGUGUCGCUGUGACGUCAAUUUCGUUUCCAAUGACGAAAAAUCAAGUUGUUUACCAGCCCGGCGUAUUGGAUACUCCUGUAACGCUACGGCCAGUAAAUGUUUGUCCCACUUUGCUCUGUGUGAAGAUAACGCUUGUCGUUGUAACGACCUGAUGGACGUCACGCCGGACGGUCGCUGUAAGGACCCCGCGUACAGCGUCCUGGAGGAGUCCUGUCAGAACAUGGAGUGUACCGGAGGGACAGUCUGUCAGGGGGGCACAUGUGUCUGUCCCGGGCACCUGCGGCGACUGACGAAUGAGGAGUUCUGGAUCGACCCCAUGAAUACUGAUACAUGCAUUGAUAAAGACUUCUCAGUCCAUUUAUGCAAUGGAACACAAAUAGAAAUCCCAGAGGGCCUGGUAACUACACCAGUUCCCUCCACAACCUCGCUUUCAGUUUCCACCAUGAAUCCUGGUCUACCAGCUUCUCUAACCAAUACUGUUCCCAUGAUUACUGACACAAAAAUAUACGAAACGUGUACUCAGCCCGAACAAUGUCCAGCGCAUGCACAGUGUCGUCCAAGGGGUUGUAAAGGCUAUAGCUGUUUGUGUGAUGAGGGAUUCAUGGCGACUCCGGACAGAUCUUCUUGUGUAAAAGCCUCCAAAAUCGGCGAGCCCUGUAACACCAAUACAAGUUGUAUAUCACCGUUUGCUUUCUGUGACGGCGUCUGUCGAUGUCUAGAUGUCUUCGUCCCCUCCUCAGACGGACGAUGUAAAUUGCCGGAUAUCAGUUUCGUGGGAGAGGAAUGUAGUACUGACGAGUGUGAGUACCCGGCCAAAUGCGUGGGCGGAUCCUGUCAGUGUGUAGGGGAGUACAGAGCGAUAACGGCCGAGGAGUUCUGGAUAGACCCAACCAAUAUCUGGCAAUGUGCCAAAAACGACACGUCAUUAGAUACUUGUAAAGGCAUGGAGGUUACGAAACCAACAGCAGCACAAGAAACAAAAGACAACGCAGACAAACACACGGACCCUGUAACAACAGAGCCAACAACCUCAACAUCAAAGCCAAUGUCAACCUCACCUACAAUGUCAGAACUAGGUCAAAACACGCUGAAGGGACGUACAAAAGCAACAAGUUCCGGCUUAACACCAGUGAUGCCGAGUUCCACGGCCUCACCGUCAGUGUCACCGGUGUCAACGGUAAAGCAAGGAUCUACAGCAUCUUCAGAUAUUCCCAUUGGAUCUUCUACACAGAAUACAACUACAACUCCAGUCAUCUCCUCUACAUCAUCAAAUAAAUCCCUUACAACAACAUUAUCAAUUAAGACAUCUUCUAUUGUGACCGAAACAAAAAUUGAUUCUGUUUCAACUGUAGCUAAUUUGAAAACUACUGAGAUCACCUCUGCAGCUUUUAUGACAAUUAAACCUACGGUUGACCCUCGUCUGAUGGAGACAACUACAUUUGAAUCCGGACAAAGCCAGACAUUCAGACCAACAAGUGACGUAUCAACAACGUUAUCAGGAACAACUACAAGGAAAUCAACGCCAUCCAAAGAAACAACAAUACGGACGAAAUCACCAACAGAGGAAACGACCGGUCAGUUAAUAAAGUCAUAUAGCACUACGAGAAAGGAAUCUUUGUCGUUUGAAACAAAAAGUUCCUCUACAACUGAAAUACCUGCAAAAGGUGACUCCGGCCCCUUCAUACCUUCCAGAGAUGAUUCUAUAUCCGUGACCAAUACUUCAAAAGCUACAACGUCCUCAGUCAGUUCCUAUGAAGUAGAUAAAUCCUCUACGCCUCAAAUUGAAUCAUCAUCUGUUGUCUCACCCGAAUCAAAUAAAUCAGCAGUUUCUACCACAGAAGAGAAGAUCCCUUCUACAGAGAAUGGGUUCUUAGAGGAGAAUACUACUCUAGGUAGUACCCUCAAAACAAUACAUAAAAAUUCUUCACAUUUUCCCUUUGGACCAGGACCUCACGAUCACGACCAUUACCUGUGUGAGUCACACUCUUUCAUCUGCUCCGAGAUCCUCUGUAUCCCCUCAAACUGGGUCUGUGACGGAGAAAAGAACUGUCCUGACGGUAGAGACGAGUCGUCAACAAUAUGUAACGAGGACCGUGUUUGUCCUGCGGAUGAAUACAAAUGUUCUAACUUCCGGUGUAUUCCGGGAUCCUGGUUGUGUGAUGGUGAGGUUGAUUGUCCCCUCAGGGAGGACGAAUCUUCAGCGGCCGGCUGUUUGACACCGAACACGACCUUGACCAAUACCACACUGCUGCCGGAGGACGGGGGCCGGGAACCAGCUGAGAAGAGUUACACAGGAACAACGGGCCUGGGGAGUCUAGAGAGUAUCGCUAUUGCUGCGGCCGCUGGACUAGUCUUGUUGAUUAACAUUAUCGGGAUCAUUCUAGCUCUUACACGGAGAAAAAGGCGAAAAAUUGACAAAAAUCCCCCAAGUAUGAUGAACACGUCGAUGACGUCAUCAGAUGACACAGAGAGCGGGAAUUUCAAAAUCCCGCGCCCGAAUGUCCUCUAUCCUCCAUACUAUGUUAAAGAGGACUGGAACACGUGGAGCAGUAGCCAUUUCACGCAGUAUGCAGAACAAAUGUACGCCCUGGACGAACACAGCGAUUUCUACCCAGGGUCACUCAAAACACUCUAACGAUCUGGUUAGUUAGAGUACAGUAAUUAUUGAUUAAUGGAGCAUGUAAAAUCUUUUUUGGUACGGUUUUCCCUGGAGAAUGUUGGGACUGCAAACGAAACAAAAUGAUGGGAUGAUAUCCUUACAUUGACUCUGCGGAACAUUUUAUCUGAGAUGAACAGAAAAGUGUGAUUUGCUUGCUAAAUUGCAGGAUCAGAAGAAGAAAGAGUCAUAGUCAAGACUGGUUUAUCUAAAUAUUUUCUCCAACACAAGGGGCCUUAUUGAAAUUAUUAAUUGACAUGGAAGCCAAAUAUAUUUGGAUUGAUGUUACCUGAAAAAUGUCUUAGAUAUACAAAAAAAAUUUUGUCUCCUCUAAAAUUUGAAAAAAAGAAUUGUUACCUGUAAGAAGCAGGACACUUUAUCUGAAAGACUUUCUUCAGUCAUGAGGGAGAACCGUAAUUUGUUGCCAGGGACGAAUGGGAAAUAGUAGUGAUAUAAAGUCUCAUAAACAGAUACGGUACUUUUUGGUUUACAGACCUCCCUAGUAAAAAGAAAAAUGAUAAGCUUAUAUUUCAGUACUUUGUUUCUCUAUUUGUUGUCCAGAGUUGUGACCAAACUUUCUACAGAUUUAUGUGUUCAUUUUAAUGUGGAAAUAACUUUUAUCAUUUUAUUUUAUAUUGUUAAGAAUAAUAUUUCCGCCGCUUUUAGACAUUUAGAAUUUUUUUUAUAUGUAACCUUUGAAUUACAUUACGUAUGAGUGAGUUAACUGAGGUUAUUGAAAAAAGUACAGGGUAUGAAAUGUUUACAUGUUGGUGAAAUUAUUUUUACGAAUUCCAUAGAUAAAUUGUACAUGUCUCAUUUUGUUUAACAUCCAAGGGAUGAUCUUUUAUUGUAUGUUUGUCUGUAGGUGUUAGUAACCUGUGGAUCUAAGAUCGGGUUUGGCCUGUUUUUGUUGUAGUAGAAUGUUAAUUAAAUCGGGUUUGAUAUUUCAUUUUGUUUGUAAUAGAAUGUUAAUUUGAUCAGGAAUUGGCCAAUGUAAUAUUCUUAUAAUCAAUUAUAAGACAAAAUCCUUUUAAUAUAAUGUAACUUGAUAUGAAUCUCUUAUUUGUUAGUACACAACCUAAUAUAUUAAGGGUUACGCAUUAUUUUUUUCUUGUUUUAAAUUAUUACGCUAC